CCGACAAGACACUCAUACACACACACACAAAAUACAAACAGUGCUGCCGGUGUCCAUUGGGACUAUUUAUUUAUCUCUUUUAUAAUAAACGGUUUGGUAAUGACGGAAAUAUUUUCAACUCUGUUCGGACAAAACGACGCACAGCCGCCCCCGGGGCAGACUGCUCUGGGGUUUGUUUCCGGGAAACCUCCUCCACCUACGCCGCCAAACCAAGCUCCUACUGGGGCUCAGAUUUCAGUACAGCUCGGGGAUGAAGGGCCUACGCUACGUAAACCCGGAGCUAUGAAUGAGCCAUUCUAUUUACUGCGAGAGCUGCCCGUUGGAAAUGACCUGACGGGAAACACGAACCUCAUCACGCAUUAUAAUCUCGAGCACGCUUAUAAUAAAUUCUGCGGCAAGAAAGUGAAGGAGAAGCUGAGUAACUUUUUACCAGAGUUACCAGGUAUGAUAGACUGUCCAGGGAUUCAGGAUGGAAGUUCUUUGCGUUCUCUCAUAGAGAAACCUCCAGUGUGUGGAAACUCUUUUAGCCCUAUAACCGGAGCUUCACUCACUGGAUUUAGACUACACACUGGCCCGCUUCCAGAGCAAUACAGACUUAUGCACAUACAGCCGCCAAAGAAAAAGAGCAAACACAAACACAGAAAUCAUCGACCUCAGGACCCAUUACCACCAGAGACCCCUUUAGAUUCUGACCCCAAGAAGAAGAAGAAAAAGAGGGAUGAUGACCCUGAUCGUAAGAAGAAAAAGAAAGACAAAAAGAAGAAAAAGAAUCGACACAGUCCUGAUCAUCCUGGUCUUACUGGCUCUCAACCUAACAGCAACAGCCUGAGAUAAAGUGCAUGUGGAUGUGCGUGUGUGUGCGCGUGUACAUAAGGAAGAAUAUUAAGCAGUGUUCAAGACUUUGAUAUGGACCAGCGUGUCUGAGAUUGAUGUUUACACAGACUGAUUGUUGAAGACUUCUAUUUUUCUGCUCAUGAAAUAAGCAAAUAAACUUCUUUUGUUAUUCUCUGUA